AUGGCACAUCAUAUACCACCACUCAACUUUGGUAUGGUUGCAGAUGAUCUUUAUCGGUCUGGUCAACCCAAUGAAUUGAAUUUCCCUUUCCUCGAGAAACUACAACUUAAAAAGAUCAUAUUUUUGGCUCCCGAAGACCCCUCUCAACAAUUUGUAAAUUUUUGUGAUGAUCAAGAUAUAGAAUUAAUUCAUUUGGGUAUAGAUACAAUGACUAAUCCAUGGAAUCCAAUAUCAGAAGAUGUAGUUAUAUCGGCAUUAAAAAUCAUAUUAAAUCCAGAUAAUUAUCCAUUGGCAAUCAUGUGUAAUCUUGGUCGUCAUCGUACUGGAACGGUGGUUGGAUGUUUAAGAAAAUUACAACGUUGGAAUCUUACUUCAAUAUUGGAAGAAUAUCGUCGUUUUGCAGGUAGCAAAGUAAGACUUUUAAAUGAACAAUUUAUAGAAUUAUUUGAUACUGAUUUGGUUGGUAUUCCAGAUGAUGCUCCUAAAUGGUUAUAA